GCGAGAGGGGAGGCAGCAGCGGAUAAAUGCUAUUAGAGCAGCCGCCGCGGAGCCGUCCCCGACGCCACCUCCUUCGCCGCCGCCGCUUCCUCUGCCGCUGUCGGGGGUGCGGAGCUGAGGACACAGGGCGAGCGCGCUGCGCACCACCGCGUCGGCUCGCCGCCCUCGGUCCGUGCCGCGCUCAGGGGUCGGCCAGGCACCCCCUCCUCCGGUCCGGGCGGGGCCUCGAGUCACAUCAGGAGAGCCGGGAGGGGGCUCGGGGGCCGCGGCCUGCGCUCCGGGCGGGCGGUUGAGGGCGAGGGAGGCCCUCUCUUCUGAGGAGGAGAGGGAGGGCCGCCAGGCCCCCGCCGCCCAGCCGAGCCCGCCGCGGGCGCCGCCGGCAGGCCGGGCAGCCGAAGGGGCGGGCGCCCGCGGGAGGGGUGCGGGGUGAUUCAGCGCCCCGCGAGGCGGAAGCGGCCGGAGGAAGAGGAGGAGGACAGGCGGCGGAGGGAGAGACGCCAGUCCGCGCCUGGGCGCCCGGGGUGGCACGAGGCCGCGGUCCGAGUGCGAGGCGGAGGCGAGGAGGCCGCGGGGACAGGAGGAGGCCAGGCCGGCCGGGCCCCCCGCAACCAUGGAGAACGCGCACACAAAGACGGUGGAGGAGGUGCUGGCUCACUUCGGGGUCAACGAGAGCACGGGGCUGAGCCUGGAGCAGGUCAAGAAGCUCAAGGAGAGAUGGGGCUCCAACGAGUUACCGGCUGAAGAAGGAAAAACCCUGCUGGAACUUGUGAUCGAGCAGUUUGAAGACUUACUAGUUAGAAUUUUAUUGCUGGCAGCAUGUAUAUCUUUUGUUUUGGCUUGGUUUGAAGAAGGUGAAGAAACAAUUACAGCCUUUGUAGAACCCUUUGUAAUUUUACUUAUAUUAGUAGCCAAUGCCAUUGUGGGUGUCUGGCAGGAAAGAAAUGCAGAGAAUGCGAUCGAAGCCCUUAAAGAAUAUGAGCCUGAGAUGGGCAAAGUGUACAGACAGGACAGGAAGAGCGUGCAGCGGAUCAAAGCCAAAGACAUAGUUCCUGGGGAUAUUGUAGAGGUUGCUGUUGGUGACAAAGUUCCUGCUGAUAUAAGGUUAACUUCCAUCAAAUCUACUACUCUAAGAGUUGAUCAGUCAAUCCUCACAGGUGAAUCUGUCUCUGUCAUCAAGCACACUGACCCCGUCCCUGACCCACGGGCUGUCAACCAAGAUAAGAAGAACAUGCUCUUUUCUGGUACAAACAUUGCUGCUGGCAAAGCCAUGGGAGUGGUGGUGGCAACUGGAGUUUUCACUGAAAUUGGCAAGAUCCGGGAUGAAAUGGUGGCAACGGAACAGGAGAGAACACCCCUUCAGCAAAAACUAGAUGAGUUUGGGGAACAGCUUUCCAAAGUCAUCUCCCUUAUUUGCAUCGCAGUUUGGAUGAUAAACAUUGGGCACUUCAACGACCCGGUUCACGGAGGCUCCUGGAUCAGAGGUGCCAUUUACUACUUUAAAAUCGCAGUGGCCCUGGCUGUAGCAGCCAUUCCUGAAGGUUUGCCCGCUGUCAUCACCACCUGCCUGGCCCUCGGAACUCGCAGAAUGGCAAAGAAAAACGCCAUUGUCCGAAGCCUCCCUUCUGUGGAAACCCUUGGCUGUACUUCUGUGAUCUGCUCAGACAAGACCGGUACACUUACAACAAACCAGAUGUCAGUCUGCAGGAUGUUCAUUCUGGACAAAGUUGAAGGUGAUACCUGUUCCCUGAAUGAAUUUACUAUAAGUGGAUCAACAUAUGCACCUGUUGGAGAAGUGUAUAAAGAUGAUAAACCAGUGAAAUGUCAUCAAUAUGAUGGUCUUGUAGAACUGGCAACAAUUUGUGCCCUUUGUAAUGACUCUGCUUUGGAUUACAAUGAGGCAAAGAGUGCGUAUGAAAAAGUUGGAGAAGCUACAGAGACUGCUCUCACUUGCCUGGUAGAGAAGAUGAAUGUAUUUGAUACUGAAUUGAAGGGUCUUUCUAAAGUAGAACGAGCGAAUGCCUGCAACUCGGUCAUUAAACAGUUGAUGAAAAAAGAAUUUACUCUAGAGUUUUCACGCGAUAGAAAAUCAAUGUCGGUUUAUUGUACACCAAACAAGCCAAGCCGGACGUCGAUGAGCAAGAUGUUUGUGAAGGGUGCUCCUGAAGGUGUCAUUGACAGGUGCACCCACAUUCGAGUUGGAAGUACAAAAGUACCUAUGACCCCUGGAGUUAAGCAGAAGAUCAUGGCCGUCAUUCGGGAUUGGGGUAGUGGCAGCGACACACUGCGAUGUCUGGCUCUGGCCACACAUGACAACCCACUGAGAAGAGAAGAAAUGAAGCUUGAGGACUCUGCCAACUUUAUUAAAUAUGAGACUGGGGAUGGUGUGAAUGAUGCUCCUGCUCUGAAGAAAGCAGAGAUCGGCAUUGCCAUGGGUUCUGGCACCGCAGUGGCUAAAACUGCCUCCGAGAUGAUCCUGGCCGAUGACAACUUCUCCACCAUCGUGGCAGCUGUGGAGGAGGGGCGGGCAAUUUACAACAACAUGAAGCAGUUCAUCCGCUACCUCAUCUCAUCAAACGUGGGGGAAGUUGUCUGUAUUUUCCUGACAGCAGCCCUUGGAUUUCCUGAGGCUUUGAUUCCUGUCCAGCUCCUCUGGGUCAAUCUGGUGACAGAUGGCCUGCCUGCCACUGCAUUGGGAUUCAACCCUCCUGAUCUGGACAUCAUGAAUAAACCACCCCGGAACCCAAAGGAACCACUGAUCAGUGGAUGGCUCUUUUUCCGUUACCUGGCUAUUGGCUGUUAUGUUGGCGCUGCUACUGUGGGUGCUGCUGCAUGGUGGUUCGUUGCUGCUGAUGGCGGUCCAAGAGUGUCCUUCUACCAGCUGAGUCAUUUCCUACAGUGUAAAGAGGACAACCCGGACUUUGAAGGUGUGGAUUGUGCAAUCUUUGAAUCCCCGUACCCAAUGACAAUGGCCCUCUCUGUUCUAGUAACCAUAGAGAUGUGUAACGCCCUCAACAGCUUGUCUGAAAACCAAUCUCUGCUGAGGAUGCCCCCUUGGGAGAACAUCUGGCUCGUGGGCUCCAUCUGCCUGUCCAUGUCACUCCACUUCCUAAUCCUCUAUGUGGAACCCUUGCCACUUAUCUUCCAGAUCACACCGCUGAAUUUGACCCAGUGGCUAAUGGUGCUGAAAAUGUCCUUGCCUGUGAUUUUAAUGGAUGAGACACUUAAGUUUGUGGCCCGCAACUAUCUGGAACCUGGUAAAGAGUGUGUGCAGCCUACCACCAAAUCCUGCUCGUUCUCCGCAUGCACCGAUGGGAUUUCCUGGCCAUUUGUGCUGUUCGCAAUGCCCCUGGUGAUCUGGGUAUAUAGCACAGACACUAACUUUAGUGAUAUGUUCUGGUCUUGACUGACAAUUUUACAUAAAGAAGAUGUUUUAACUUAAUCAAUUUUUUUUUUUAUUGUUUAAAGCAACUGUCUAUUUCUGCUGAAUUUUCACAUGAACAUAUUGGCUGGUGAAGGAGGUUUCAUACUCUAGAUUUUGUUUUGCUUUUUCUGACUCCAGUGGGGCAAGAUUUUCCUUUUUUAUACACAUAAUUAAAGUGUCCAUUGACAUGUACAGAGAACUAACACUAUUUUAUGCAAAUAUUUUUUUGUAGAUGACAAAGCAUGUACAGUGUUCUGUUUAAUACUCAUCCUUGUAUAAAAAAAAAAUGUUGAGCCAGCAGACAUUGUCAGCAAAUUAAUUGGCAGCAGAUUUUAGGAAAUGAAUGUGUGUGGUUUUUUUCUAAAAUGAUAUAGCAUGUAUUGUGUCUUUUGCAUGAUCAUCUGGAUUUAAUCUAAGAUCACAGUCUAAUUUUUAUUCAUAAGCCAAUUUUUCUGCACUGGGCAGAGUACUGCUACCUCAGUCAGUAUUUUUUGGUUUGCCACUCCCUCACCCCUCUUGGUUCACCUCCACCCCUCCCCACUCUUGGCCCUGGUCCCCACACUGCUCGGCUGCUUCUCCGUAGGAUUUCGAUGGUUCUGUUUACAUCAGUCUUAAUAAGAGGUAUGCCUGUUCUCGCUUGUGCAGAAAACAUUGUUCCAGAUUCGAUUGGGUUCAUGUCCCCUCAGAUAGUUUUUAAGGUUAUUUAUUUAAAUGUCUAGUGUAUUUUAUUGUAACAGACAUUGUUUUGCCAACAUUGCCUAUUUCAGUGGCACUUCACAAUCUAGUUUAAAAAAUAAAACAUUUUAAGUGGACAGAAAAAUAUCUGCCUUGUUUUUAACUCCUAAGUGGCCUAGCUUGAACUAUCAACUUUCUCUUAAGUUCUUAGCUCAGACCUUUAGUUUUACUGUACUCCCAGGGAAGAAGGAUCCUGUUCUGCUGCAGAGGUAGUUGUAAGAAUUUUAUUUUUUAAUGUAUAGGCACUGUCUUCUGUGACACAUUUUAUGCAAGUUUCUGCUGGCCUGAUGUAGAGAACAUAAAAGCAAAUGUGUGUAUGUAUAUGUGCGUGUAUGUGUUUUGUAAAAUCUGUAAAUAGCACAUGACCAAAUGAACAUAUUGUAUAGAACUAUUUUUAUUUGAAUGUGGCACUAACCACCACCACCAUACUAUGAUGCAUGUUCCAGAUCAGUCUUACCAACAGUGUAUAAGUCAUUAACAGUCCUAACUGUGGUGUUUUCCUCCAAUGCCUUCCAACAUCCAUCAACUAAUGUGAGUAUUCCCUGAAAUGUAGAUGCUUUAACCUGAGGGUGACUGCUACCAAUUGAGCUAGCUGUGUGACACUAGUGAACAAGCCCCAUGUGUCAGGCAUUGCUGUGCUCUGUGGCUGUCCCUGAGAGCAGGGGGCAUAUAUGUGUUACCUGUGCCAGCUGUCUCGGAAAGUGGCAUAGCCAGAUGUUCAUUGGGGAGGGUCUGGAGGAAUAGAAACCCAUUCUGAUUUUGUGAGACUGAGCCUUUGUGAGGGAGCUGUGCCUUUGCUAGUGCUAAGGUUCACAAAAAAUUGUGAUUCUUUUGAUCUUUGUUAGCUGCAAGGACUCAUCCCAGAACCUUGGUUCAUUAAAAAGCAAAAGCUAGUAAAAGCAAGUAACUGAAUCGGUGAACUCACGUAUCCGUAGGUUCCUCUUAAAUAGACCACUUUUCCUCCUCUUCUGGGUCCCAUCCUUUGCAGCUGAGACUUGUCUUCUCUCUGCAGGGUACAUUUAGGCGUUAGUAGGGUAGGGCUCUGCUUGGCCAGCAGCCCACCAGCCUUGUUAGCAGGUGAAGGAGGCCUAGGAAGCACCUUGUGUUCAGUGGAUUGGCAGCUUCCUCCCUGUGAGGCCCUGAGUGUUCUUGUGAAGGUGUUUGGGCCCUGGUUGCUAGACCAGAAGAUGUAGUGCUGGCCGUUUCGGGGAAAAGUUAAGUAUCAGGCAGGACAAGGGGGUGCUGCUGCCAAAUCCAGAGGUCUGUGUGUGAGGAGGUGGAUGUGGAGACUGACUGAAUGCCGAGAAGGGAGGUUGGUUUGCUUGGCAAAUAAUGUAGGGGGGUAGUUUUACCCAUUUUAGCAUCAUGAGUGAUAAAAAGAAAGGGGCCAAGUGGGAUCAAAUGCCAGGAGUGUGUCUUGGCUACAAACCAAAACAGGAUGUCUGAGCUUAUUGGGUGGUGUGUUAUUCAAUGGAAACCAAACUAACCAGUCAACUUUCACUGACUCAGUUCCUUGAUUUAGUGGCCUUUACAAAGUGAGCCGAGUGCUGUGGGCUGCUGUAGGAGACACGCACAGCCCCAGAUGGCCCUGAGCUGGUGGGUCCUGGUGGUUUCUGAGCUUCAGGCCCUUCCCGCCCACAAAGGUAGUUUGGGCACCCACUUCCUUCAACCCAGACAGCCGAGUCCCUGUGUUUGCUCCAAAUCGGGCCUCCUCAGCAAUUGUGUUGCUGUGGGCACAUCCAUGGCUUCAGGUCUCAAUCUUGCAGUGAGUGGCAGCCACCCAGUCCCCUCUUCACCGAACAGGAAGACACUGUUUUUGCCGCCAUCAGUAAUUGGAUGGGGCAGCAUCCUCCUUAGACCCACCAUGCAGGUGGUGUUGCCAGGCAGUUCCUGCCUGAAACACUUUCCCUGUGGCCUGCGGCCCAUCCCAUUAGUGUUCUGCUUUUUGCCACUCCAUGCUCACCUGGCGUUUCAGAUACAGCUUUGCCCAGAAGAUGACAAUCUCACACAUCCAUCCCAUUCCUGGGGCACCACUCCAGCAGCUUGUUCUGCAUUUAAAAUACAGGUAAUAUGUUCACAUUCAAUCAGGAGAGUGUGAGCCCAAAGACAAGCAAGACAACUGCCAGCCUCCCUCACAAGCAGCUGCUACCACAUCACACUCAAGCUGGGCCACUGCCCCCCGAUAUCUGUGGGAGGCAUCCCUCAGCAGUAUGAGGCCACAAGCGAUAGCUCAGUGUCUGCCAAGCACCUACCACAGCCCAGAGCCUGCUGCAUCUACUGAGCUAAGUGGCCAUUGCCUUUGAAAGCCACCAGGCGUCUUUCUUGAAAGGGAAUGGUGAUAAGCAGCUGAGUACAGAAUUUUGUCUUGAGACCAGGCAUGGCUGGGCCUGCCCCUGGGGAAGGAUGGGGAGGAGGAAGCUAGAGGCUUGGCGCUGAUUGCCACACUGCUCACUUCUGUCUGCUUCAUGACCCUGCACUGCUAACUGAAAACCGUUCCUUCUCUUGCCCUGUUACACCUGAAGCGAUUAAGCGCCUGCCUGGUGGGAUUCUCCUAUCAGCCAGGGAGCUUUGCUAUGUAGACAGAUGACACCAGGGAUCUACGUUGCCAAGCCAGUGUUUCCAAAUGCUACCCUGUGUGGACAGUGACUCGGAAACAGUUAUCAGAAACACUGGUCUUAAAAUCUUAAAAAGAUCAAGCUGAAUAUUCUCUUUCAGCUCUCACUAUUAAUCUUAGUCUUAAGUAGUUAUUCUAACAUUUCCUCCCCGUGUUUCAUAAAGCUGAUUUCCUCUUUCUUUCCUUUUCAGCAAUACUGGAGUAACCGCUUCCUAAGCCAUUUUGCAGAAAUGUAAGGGUGUUCGGUUGCGUGCAUGUGCGUUUUUAGCAACACACCUACCAGCCCUCUGCAUGAUUGAAGUUGGGGGUGGGGGAAGAAAAGUAGGAAAAAAAGCUCCCAACUCAUUGUGUGUUAUGUGGAGGAAAUGUGUAUUACCAAUGAGAUUUUUAGCUUUUAAAUCAAAGUAAUAAUUACAAAUGUACAACUUAGCUUAAUGAAUCUGAAAGCCUAUCCAGAGAAUUUUGGUUUCUUUGCUGCAAGAAGAAUGAGGUUCUGAAACCUUAUCCAAGAACUUAGACACCAUCAGCCAAGUCUCCGUGCUUCUCUGUCCAAAAUGUCAUAGCUUAUAUAAAUGUACAGUAUCAAUUGUAAUGCAUGCCUUCAGUUGUAAGUAGCCAGAUUUCUCUACAGUGUCAUUGAAACAUGCUACUUUUUAAUUGGCCCUGUACAGUUUUUGCUUAUUUAUAAAUUUAUUGAGAACACUACAGGUGUUGAAUGGUUAAAAUGUAGGCCUCCAGUUCAUAACUUGUUAAAUUUUGAGUGUGCAAACAGCUAUUUUGCGCUGUAUUAAGUAUAACUUAUUUAAUGAAAUCAGAAGCAGUAGACAGAUGUUGGUGCAAUACAAAUAUUGUGAUGCAUUUAUCUUAAUAAAAUGCUAAAUGUCAAUUUAUCACAACGCAUGUUUGACUUUAGACUGUAAAUAGAGAUCAGUUUUUUUCUGUGCUGGUAACAAGCAUUGCACAGACAUGGUUUCAGGUAAAUAAAUCUAUUCUACAAGUUCA